CCCCACCACUGCCAGAGUUUGAUGAGCAGCCUCAGGACGUGACGGUCAUGGAGGGGGAGCGCACUGGGUUCCCGUGUGCCCUGGACACCAUGCCGGCGCCCUCCAUCAAGGGGUUCAGGAACAGUCACCCGCUGGAGCCAGACUCACGAAUGACACGCCCUCCAUCUGGUGCCUUAGAAAUAGAGAAUGUAGCCAUGCCGGGGAGUACUGCUGCCAAGCCAACAAGAGCAAGGUGUCCCAGCAAGCCACACUCACAGUCAAGGAAGCCUAUGCCCUGCGGGACCCCCAGCGGCCCGUGCUCACUGCUCAGCCAAAGUCCACGAUAGGCAAGGUGGGGGACAAGAUCACCCUGGACUGUGCGGCCAACGGCUACCCGGAGCCAGCCGUGGUGUGGCUCAAGGACGGCGCCACCAUCCACAUGGCGGACCUGGACACUCUGUUCUGUGGCACCACCACCAGCAGCCUGCACAUCCAUGGCCUGCAGGAGGAGGACAAGGGGACGUACAUGUGCCGGGCGGAGAACAGGGACCUGGACACACUGUUCUGCGGCACCACCAGCAGCAGCCUGCACAUCCAUGGCCUGCAGGAGGAGGACGAGGGGACGUACAGGUGCUGGGCGGAGAACAGGGAGGAUUCGCUCGACGCCGUGGCCCACAUACAGGUCCAAGUUGCUCCGAGGUUUCUGAGGCAGCCGGCCAACGCUCUCGCCUAUGAGAAGGAGAACGUGGAGCUGGAGUGCAGCGUGUACGGCCAGCCAGAGCCCUCGCUCCACUGGCUCAAGGACGGCGAGCUGCUGGUGGAGACGGACUUUUGUGAUGGUGUGGACAUUUAUCACUUACAGAGUGUGAGCGGCAACAACCUGCAGAUCCUUGGCCUGGUGCGCCAGGAGGACUCCGGGAUGUACCAGUGUGUGGCGCACAGCUCGCCGGGGACGCCCAGCUGUGUGUCCUUGAGUCAAAGGAGCAAGACCCUGGCGGCGGGCACCCCCAGGCCCCCUCGGCUGCUGCAGGCCACCUCCACCAGCAACAGGUUCAUCACGCUGGCCUGGCAUGAGCCGGAGCUCAACACCGACCACACUGUGGGAUACUCAGUCGUCUACAAGCAGGAAGGAUCACUCAGAGAACGCGUCCAGAACGCGAGUGCAGCUCCUCCAGCGAGGGACUGAAUGAAUACAAGACCCAGAUCAGCGACCUAAGUCCCGGGAGUAACUACAUGGUGCGGGUGGCGGCCCACACCUCCGGCGGCCUGGUGGGCGCCUCCACACACGAGGUGCGGGUGUUCACCAAGCCGGACCUGGACCUGCCCUCCGCCCCAGAGUCUGAAAGUUGUCCCCACCUCACCCACCAGUCUGGAGGUCACUUGGUCACCGCCCGGAGUGGCCAAAAUGCCCAUCACUGGAUACGCCAUGCUCUAUACGCAGGUGUGGACGGCCUUAUAGAACUGUGCGCCAAAUGUGGAGUCCCUUUUGCCUAACAAAAGUCUCCCCAUAUCCUUGUGUGUCAUUAGUGACCUUCCUUGGAGUACAGGGUGACCAUAGCUGUGUGUUUGUAGUUUGGGUAGGCGGUGGCUGAACCGAUAACAAGACGGCCCCGCGUUCAAGAGGACUCGAGUUCAAUCCCUGGCCGGUGCCACCAAGCUGGGAUUUUUCAGCCGCCGCCGAGUGGCUUAAAACUACCCACAUGCUGUCCAGAAGACCACCUAUCAACCCGGACUCUAGAUUCAAGCAUUAAAGAUGAGCUCCGAGAGGGCAGCAUGAGCCAAUGCAAUAUGGCGCCACUAUAAACACUCGCCUGCGCCAGAACGGGCUGGGCCUACCAUCAGGCCCCACCGGGAAGAAGCCUACCGGUGCAAUAGGCCAAGACGUAAAAAAAAAAAAAAAGUGCCAGUGUGUAUCUUAACCAUUGUCUCUCUUGUAAUUUUCUCCUCAGGUUGGGUCAGCAGAAGAACACGAGGUAGAGGUCACUGGUACGUCACAUGACCUCCAAGGCCUGGACCAGUUCACUGAGCACAGCGUGUGGCUCACCGCCGUCAACAGUAAUGGCGGGGGAGACACCACCCCGGAGGUCACUGCCAGAACCUUCUCAGACGUGCCCUCAGAGGAGCCUCAGAAUGUGAGCGUUGAGGCUGCCAGCUCAAGGAGCCUCAUCAUCCGCUGGGAGCCUCCACUGGCCGAGCACCAGAAUGGGAUCAUCACCAGCUGCAAGAUCCGCUACAAGGAGCGUGGCAAGUCAGGUUCCUCCAAGACCAGUGCCACAGACGGAAACAGACGACUCUUUGCCCUCACAGACCUCAAGAAUCCCCUCCCAAGGUGUGCAGGACUUUAUAUUUCUCUUCAUUGUCGCCACAGACACUUUUUGUUCUCACUGUUCAUUUCCCAUUUCCUUCUGGUUCUCCUCCUGUUAGCCUCUCUUUCCUUUCCUUACUGUUCAUUUUGUUUUUCCUCCUGCCGUUACAAUUUCCCUGUUUGCCCUGCCAAAUAUUCUCCCGUCAUUCUCCUGCGUCUUACUUCUCUGCAUUUCCUGGUCUGCCUUCCUUCCUUCCUCUUAUACUUUACAUCUCCAUUUCUCCUCCUCCUUCUUUUCCAUGUUUCCCAUCUCUCAAGUUUCCUUCCCUUAUCCCAUUCUCCUCCUCAAUGAUUUUGAUGUCGAUGGAACUUAGAUUUAUUCAUUUUGUUUCAUUUCAUCUCUCUCUCAGGGGGAAGACUUACACACAGUUAUUUUUUUACUUCAUUUAUUUAUUUCUUGAUACAUCUUAUUGUUCUCCUGAUCUCUCUCUCACACACACACUCUACUAACAGGGAGUUUAUGCCAAGGGUGGUGUCGCUUCAGAGAGGGAGAGAGUAAGGGGGAAGGGGUCUUACAUAUGUGUCUGGGGGGCAUGUAUCUGUGGGGGACAUCCUUUGGGGCCUGUGAGCUGUGGUGAGGAGAGAGAGAGAGAGAGAGAGAGAGAGAGAGAGAGAGAGAGAGAGAGAGCAAGCAGUCAACUUCGAGAGCAGUAAGUAAAGGCAACCCACAUCCAUGCAAAACAUCAACUUGGGUUAUUACUAGAGUGAAACCAUUUUAGUGAGUCCUUUGAGGCAUUACUCCUGCAGGUGCUUUCCUGCCCUCUGCUCUGCCACUCAGUCCCAACACUUCCUGUAGACAACACAUGACAGGACUGUGUGGCAGGGGAGGAAAGGACCUGCAGAAGCCUACCCCACAAUGGACUUACUAAAAUGGUUUCACUCUACCACUACUAUUAUUAUUACUGUCAUUUCUGCUGCGGCUGCUACUACUACUACUACUACUACUACUACUACUACUACCACUACAACAGCUUCUUCUACUACCAUGACUAUAUAUAUACAAGUAAUUCAUCACUUUUCAGGUACAUAAAGAGACAUCUGGCUCCGUAAGUGAAAAUAAAAGUUCUGUAAUAAUUUCCUGAGAUUGUUAGUACCCUUGCUUCAUGAGGAGACCUUGUUUGGGAAUGUUGAGGAGAGAACAGGCAGAGUGUGAUGGAAGGGAGAUCCUGCAUCCUCCCCUGUGUGUGAGUCACUGUGUGCUCACUCACCACACACACACGACACUCCCAGAUACAACCCUUACUUAACAUGAUCUGUUAUGACCCCUGGGGCAGUAUUAAUAAAGACUCCUAGCAGUACUUUUUGAAGUGCUGCUAGAAGCUGUUUUCCUUCUAGCAGUAGCUUUUAAAUUUACUGCUAUACUCUGUCCAAAUUACUUGGCCAAUAAUAAUUAUUUACACCGAAAAGCCCCUCCCCAAUUCUGGUAAGCUCCGCCCCCCCUUCACCUGAUUGGCUGUCCAUGACGUCAUGCGUUGUAUCAAAGACACGUACCAUAUAUAUAUGAUUGAGAUAAUCUAGCUAGUUUCAUGAUUAAAAAAAUAUUCGUAAUGUAAUUGAAUGGUGGCACUCUAACAAUCAAUGGCAAUAAUAAUACAGCCAGUUUUCAAGGGAUAACAGGCGGCCCUUCAAAACAAGCAAUGCAGCAUUGAAGGCGAUUAUAGUAGGCC